AUGGAGGAUGGUCGUGUUGCGACUAAUCAACAAAUGAGUGAAAGGUAUCAAGUUUUAGGAAAUAUCCUCUUAGACGAAAUGCAACAAGCUCUCAAUGAACUGAAUAAUAGUGAUACGGGUUUUGCUCCAAUUGUUGAGUAUGCUGAGGAGCCUUUGUUGCCACUUGCUGAAGCAUGUGAUCCAUUAAUUGAUAUUCUUUAUAAUUUAUCAGCUGAUCCAUAUCCAUCACCACAGAUUUCUGACACUGGAAAAUUACCAGUUACUAUAGUGUUUGGAGGUUUCACAAAUAUCAAUCAAGUUGAUUUAGCAUUGCUCAACUAUGACGAUCAAAGCGUCGAUAUACUUCUAGGUAAUGGUAAAAAUGACUAUGAGACUGAAUUACAUUAUAAGACAGAUUUUGCACCAAGUUCUGUAUUCAACAUUGAUCUGAAUCAUGAUGGAUCCAUGGAUAUUAUUGUAACGAAUGCGGAGGCUGAAACCAUUAGCGUCUUGCUUGGUAAUCCAGACAAAACAUUUCAGACUUCGAUCGAAUAUUUUGUUGGCAACAAUCCGAUGUCAGUGACAGGAGGUUAUUUCAACAAUGAUACGCAGAUCGAUAUAUUAGUAGCAAACUAUGAUGAUGACAUGGUUAGCUUAGUGUUGGGUGAUGAAGAAGGUACAUUUUCUGAUAUUCAAAUAGCCUACGAUGUUGGCUCGCAACCUAUCUAUGUCAUAGCAGGCGAUUUUAAUAAGGACGGAAAACUCGAUUGGGCAGUUAUUAAUCAAGGUGAUAACACCGUCAGUAUAGCAGUUGCAUAUGGAGAUGGGACUUUUGAGGAUCUAAAGAGUUAUAGCGUUGGUGCAACACCAGUCUCUAUGACAUAUCAUGAUUUCAACGAUGAUGAUAAGAUAGAUUUGGCAGUGGCCAACUAUGGUGAUAAUAGUGUUAGUGUACUGUUCGGCAAUGGGGAUGGGACAUUUCAGGCUCAAAUCGUUUACGAAGUUGGUAUGAGUCCAAGUGCUGUAGUGGCAGCUGAUUUCAAUCAUGAUAGCCAUACAGAUUUAGCAUUAAGCCUUUCGAAUGAAUCUUCCAUCGCCGUGCUGUAUGGCAAUGGUAGUGGAAGCUUUCACAGACCUUUAAAGUAUAAGGUUGGUACUUCUCCAAGUGCUAUAAGAGCAGACGAUUUUAACAACGAUAGUAGAGUAGAUCUAGUAGUAGUCAAUUCUGGAGAAAACACCUUCAGUAUGUUGAUUAAUGGUGCGAAUGGUACAUUUCAAAAUCAAAUUAAAUAUGCCACUGGUGCGAAUCCAGUGGCGAUAACUUCAGCUGAUUUUGAUAGCGAUAAAAUAAUCGAUGUCUUGGUGGUCAAUAAGGGAGCUGAUAGUGUCGCUUUAUUUAUAUGCAAUGGAGAUGGAACCUGUCGUGGUCGAAUGCCGUACAAGCUUCAGAAGAAAGCCAAUUGGAUGGCAACAGGUGAUUUCAAUAAUGACACCAAAUUGGAUUUGAUACUGACUAACUCAGUCGAUCAUAGUAUUACUAUACUGCUUGGUAAUGGAUAUGGUAUCUUCCAAUCUGAAAUAGUACAGAAGAUUUAUUCCUUGCCACACUUCGUAGUAGUCCAUGAUUUGAAUAAUGACAUGAUGCUGGAUCUGGUUAUUGUCAAUUAUCACACAGACAGCAUCACUGUGAUGUUGGGUAAUGGAGAUGGAACGUUUCAAAAUGGAACACAGUUUGCGACUGCUAAGCGACCAAGUUCUGUAGUCGUGGGUGAUUUUAAUAACGAUAACAAAUCGGAUCUAGCAGUCACCAACUUAGGUGCUCAGAAUAUUAGCGUUCUAUUAGGAAAUGGAAACGGUUCUUUUCAGACUCAUAAAACAUUUAAAUGUGGUGCUAGCCCCAAUUUUGUAAUAUCAGUUGAUUUAAAUCAUGAUCAGAUCAUGGAUCUCGUAGUGGCUAAUCUAGGUGAUCAUAGUAUUAGUAUUUUAUUUGGCUGGGGAAAUGGAUCGUUUCAAGCUCAAAAGAAAUACGAUGUUGAUAGGGAACCAAGUCAUGUCAUGUCAGGCGAUUUUAAUAAUGACAACAAAAUGGAUAUAGCAGUUGUCGGUCGACUUUCGCAUAAUAUGCAAGUGCUGUUUGGCGAUGGUAAUAAUCUUAAAGAUUAUAUUCAAAUUGUUGUUCCUUUAUUUUCAUCACUUCGAAAAUCUAUUAUUCAUAAUGAUACUCAUGAUUAUAAUAUAAUUAUUAUUGAUGAAGAUAAUAUUGGUGCAAUUGAUUUUGGACAUAUGUGCCAAGCAUUUCUUAUAAGUGAAGUUGCUAUAGCAUGUAUCUAUAUUAUGUUAAAUAAACAAGAUCCAAUUGAUUCAGCAACAAAUCUUAUUCGUGGUUAUAAUCAACUAAACAAAUUUGAAGAUAUUGAAAUUGAUUUAAUUUAUCAUUCUAUUUGUGUUCGACUUGCAAUGAGUGUAACUAUAUGUACUCAUCAAAAAUAA